GACAAUUCCGGUCACAUAGACUUACCUCCAACACCAGAGAGUGUGUGUUCAUGUGCUGUGAUUCUCUCACGGGGACAAUUUGCCCAUUUCUUCCAAGUGGUGUGGACGAGAAGAAGAGAAAUAACCCCGAGCUUAAUCCAAUGAUUUAAGAAUAAAACUCCUUUCACCUCCUCUUCCAUUCCAUUUACCUUCAAUUAUCUCGAUGAUAUAGGCCAAUUUCGUAGCGCCAAAGUGGGGAGAAUGCGGAUGAGAUAGAGAUUCAAUUGAGAGUGCCGGCGACAAAGUCGAGAGAGAGAGAGUGAGAGAGCUUUUGAGGGGCGAAAGAAGGAGCGCGAAAGCUCACGAAUGGGCGGACUUCAAUGGAGGGUGAGAGGGUAGAGAAAAAUCGCAAGAAUGGCAAAGAAGGGAUACCAUCGAAGCAGAGGAGGACUUGCAAGUGCCGUCUCAAGUGUAAGAAGUGCGGUCAAGAGUACGAGGCGAGCGACAGUGAGGACGGGAAGAAGGACGACGAGGCGCGCCUGGCGCACGGAUGCACCAAAUUAAUGUAUGCAUGCCAGCAAGGACUAACGGGAUCCAUUGUGAAGGAGCUGAGAAGCAAGCCGGAGGAAGUUCGCAAGCGUGACAGGAGCAACAAGAGCGCCUUGCACUACUGCAGCGGACAGCGUGAUUUAGUUGCAGCCGCCAGUGUUGCAAUGGCCGCACCUGAGCUCAUCGAGUCCGCCGAUGAGGACGGCUUCACGCCGCUGCACCUCGCCGUGAUACAGGGAAAUCUCAGUCUCGUGAACCUCCUGCUGGCCAACAAGGCGGACGUGAACGCCCUGGACGGCGAGGGACACUCUGUGGUCCACUGGGCGAUUGUCUGUGGUGAGAUUGAGGCCCUGAGAUCCGUCCUCACGGCCGGGGCGGACGUCUCAACACCAGACAUCAAUGGCGGAAGUCCUCUUCACUACGCCGCCCAAAUGUGUGGCACGAAUUUUGAGGGAAAAAGUGGCCAAGCGUCGUCAAAACUCGCCCUGGACAUCCUCAAUAUCCUGCUGCACCAUCCCAAGUCCUCAGUUGACCUCAUGGACAAGGAUGGCAGGCAGCCGCUCCUCUGGGCCGCCUCUGCAGGCUCCGAGAAAGCUGUGCUGGCACUCGUGAAGGCUGGCGCCAGAAUAGAAAGCUGUGAUAAGGAUGGUCUCACUGCCCUGCACUGUGCCGCCUCGAGGGGCCACACGGAGUGCAUAGACGCUCUGAUCAGCCUCUGCGGCGCCCCCACGGAUCUCAUCGACUCCAACGGCUGCACGGCUCUUCACUACGCCGUGACGCUGGGUCACGCGGACGCCACGGCACUGCUGCUGGAUUUGGAGGCCGAUCCCAAUCGGCAGGACAGGAAGGGACGCACGCCAGCCCACUGUGGCUGCGCCAAGGGACAGUUCGAGACGGUGAAGAUGCUGGGAGCUCGCGGUGCCAACUUGUGGCUGAGGAACGCCCGCGGAGAUCUGCCAGUGCACGAGGCCGCUCUGUCGGGACGCCGCGAGCUGAUCCACUGGCUGCUGGAGCAGCAGCCCAAGCACAUCAACACCACCAGCAACGACGGCAGGACGCUACUCCACAUCGCCGCCACCAAUGAUAGCACGGACAACUGCAAAAUGCUGUUGGAUUUCGGAGCGGAUGUUAAUAGCAUUUAUCGCACUUCACGGAAUGUCGUCAUGACACCAUUGGAUUGUGCCUUGCAGAAGGGAUUCCGCUCCACGGCGAAGUUCUUGCAGCUGCACGGUGGCCUGCCAGCCAGCAAAUUGCACUUAUCCGGAAGGAAAGUGAAUGCGCUGAAUGAUCAACAGCUCGUGACACCAUUGAAAUUCACUGACAAGUCACCGGGAGACGUCGCGGCCAGGGAGGGUGCGGACAAGCAGUCGAAGCACUACGUGGUGUACGUGAAGCAGUCGGAGUCCGAUGAGUCAGCCCAGGGCGCGUCCAAGGGGGUGAAGAAGAGGCGCGCCAGUCCCGAGUGCACCCACCACAAGAGGCAGCGCUACAAGAGGCGCACCAGCAGCUGCAGCGACACUUUCCGCGUGGCCGAGAAGGACGAGGACAUGGGCCGCUCCAAGAGCAAUCUCGAGAUCAGACGCCGUCGCAAGUCCAGGGAGAAGUCCUAUUCCACCUCCGAGGAGAGCGACUCAGACGCCAGCGUCUCGAGUGACGUGAGCUUCAACGAGUACAAGAAGCGACGCUCGCGCAAGCACUGCAAGAAGUACAAUGUGUCCAUACGGCACAAAUCACCGACCAAGCAUGACAAGAAGCACAAAUCACCGAAGAUGCUCAAGAAAACCUCCACCGAACUGGCCGACGAGGAUGACGGGCAAAAAGACGAGGAAGGAGUUGUCAAAGAAGCGGAAGCUGCUGAGAAAUCUGAAUUGAAGUCAGAGACUGAUGGUGGAGUGAAGGACAAGGCGGGCAGCCGUCCGGGAACUGCCGCUUCCGAUGCGGAGAAGAAGCGUCCUCAAUCGGCUCGAGUGACUUCGGCUCAGCGCCGCCAGAAAGCCAAAGAGCAAUCUGGUAAGCUCGAGGCCACAGCUGAGGUGCACGAGGAGCCGAGCGAGGAGGAGCGGCGGGUGGGCCAGGAAAAGCCCCAUGGCGAGGAGGUGGGGAAGGCGGAAGUGACGGAGAGCGUUGGCGCCAGACAGCAAAUAACAACACAGGCGGAGGUUCACAUAAAGGACGGUGGCCAGGAUGGUGCGUUGCUGGAUGUCAAAGAGCGGAACGCGGAUGAUGAAGAUGCUCAGAGUGACAUCACUUUCACGCUCGACAGAGCUGACAAGGCGGAGGACGAGCGCCAAAUGCCGAGUGACAUGGGAGAGAUUUGCACGCCGCAAGGCAAGGACGCGCCCACCGAAGAGGUGAUUGCGGACACCCCCAAGCCUCCGGAUCAGCCGUCGGCUCAGGACGACCUGGCGGCGAGAGGUGAGGAGGCAAAGAGUUUUGCCGUGAUUGACGUGACGGCCAGCAAGAGUGACGACAAGGGCGUGCGCGGGAGCUUCACUGUGCUGCAGAAGUCUGACUCGAAGGCCGAUCUCGGGCGGCCAUCGAGCUUCAAGGUGCUGGAUGAGAGUGCCCUGCAGACAGGAGGAGACAGGUAUGACUACACCUCGGAUGAGGAGCAGAAGCUGCCCGAGCGCGAUGACAGUGGCGCGAAGGUGGACAAUGGGCGGCGCAAGAAGCUGAAGAAGCGCCUGAAGAACAGCAAGGACUCCACGCUGGACAAGUCAGAUGACGAGAGUGCGGCUCGGCGACAGCAGCGGGAUCAGGACUCGGGAUUUGAGCCGAGUCCUCGUGUGGCGAGGACGAAGAUUCCAACGCCACGUGCAGCGCCGCGCAAGGAGACCGCCUUCACCACCCUCGACAGCGGUGGUGGCAAAUUGAGGCCGGAAGGGAGGAAGCUGGGGGAUCAGAAUGCCGUCAACAUGACGACAGUUACGGCCAGCAUUCAGAAGAACAUUCGCAGGUACUACAUGGAAAGGAAGAUAUUUCAGCACUUGCUUGAGCUCAAGAGUCUGCAAAUAAGAUCGAGUAAAGUAAAUGAAGCGAUUCUUGUUAAACGUGCUGUUGAUGAUUAUCAUAAAUCUGUUGAUGCUUUGGGAUAUGAGACAGGAGCAACGCUAAAACGCUACCCUCACAAGGAGUACACUUUCAAGAACUUUGAAGUCUUUCUCUACGAAACACUCAAAAGUAUACAGAAAACUGGAACGUACAACUUUCAGAAUAUCUCCGAAGUUUACAGAGAAGCGGAAAGGAGACUCAGUCCUGACUACAAUCAGUAUGAAAAAGCUCUUCAGUGUACUACGAAAACCCAUCGAUGUCUCCAUGCAGCUCAUGCUUACACGGGAAUUCCUUGUGCGGCUUACAUUCCCAUGAUGAAUCAUCACACAAUGCCAAAGCUCGGAUUUGGUGCAUACAAGCAGACUGGCGUUGGGAGCUUCUACUUGCCGAAGAUCCUGACAGCGGGCUUGCCGAAGUGCGGCAGUAAAGUGUCGCUGGAGUUAUCACAUGGUGGCAAUAAGCAAUUAAUACCACUGCCAUCCGAUAAAUUAGACAGCAAUAAGCGCUACUAUGUGACUUUUACGGUGAAGGGAAGCGAUGGAGUCAACCAGCAAAGUGCUGACACGGAGCACAAUACCGAUAAAAUUUAAUGAGUGCGCCAUUAGUAUAUGCCCCCAAAGUUAUAUCUAGAAUCUCCAUACAUAAAUACAUAUAUAUAUAUAUGACUAUAUUUUUCUUCCUGAACCAGAGAAAAAGAAGAGAGAGAGCGACAGAGAGAGCGCAGCGAAAGAAAAUAUUUUUCUCCCUCCUCACAUGUGAGUUAUUUUAGAUGACAAUGAACAACUAAAUGUAAUUUUGAGUGUCUGUAAAUGUUGUGCAAAUGAUCAAACUUCCACAACAGAGAACAUUAUAUGAAGUAUAUAUUUUAGAAAAUAAAAAU